AUGGAGUCACCUUCCAAAGCCAAAAGACGAUCUCCUCGAAUAGUUGAAGCUUCAUCAACAACCAUUAAAAUGGCGCCAAGGAGAUCACCUUUCCUGCCGACCACUUUUGAAGCAAUCCUCCUAUCGAUAUAUCCUGCAACUUUGCUACUAGGCUCCAUAUUCUCAGUCUUGAGUCCCGACGUACGAGCAUCAGUGUACAACCCAGUUCUCCAAUCUCAUCCCCCAAGCACCGCACCAUCAUAUUUCGCAAAGAAAAGCAACAUCUUCAACCAAUACUUCGUAAAGCAAGGCUGGGCGUGGAUAUCCGCCAGUUAUUUUUUCUUCCUCCUCACACAUCCCUCAACCGGUCCUCCUGGUGUUUUUAUCCUCACAGCCCGACGAGCACGCGGAACAUUACGCUACUUGGUUGUUACAAUCUGGUGGAUAUUCGUCACGCAAUGGUUUUUUGGCCCGCCGUUAAUCGAUCGCGGAUUUGUUAUAACGGGUGGACAAUGCGAGUUGGUUGACGCGGCGGAGAAGGGAAAGAUUGAUAUGGAUAAUACGCGUCAAUUUGUUACCGGGGUGGCUUGUAAAGCUGUGGGUGGAAAAUGGAAGGGUGGUCAUGAUAUUAGUGGACAUGUUUUCUUACUCGUUCUGGGUAGUAUGUUUCUUUUCCAAGAGGUACUUCACGUGGUUCUGCGAAGUUCUGGAAUAAAAGAGGAACGAACGAUCGUCAUGGCAGAUGGAGCGAUCAAAUCAGCAGAGAUUGAGGCUCCCUCGCAGAAUGAAGCAGAGGGUUUGAAUCAAGAUGGGUGGUUGGGGUUUAGCGUGAAGAUCAUACUCGGAGUGGCGGGGUUGAGUCUAUUCAUGCUGGCUAUGACGGCCAUUUAUUUUCAUACUUGGUUUGAGAAGCUAACUGGAUUGAUUGUCGCGUUCGGAGGGGUGUUUGUUGUAUUUUGGCUUCCAAGACUGAACCCUACUGUGAGAUCAGUAUUAGGGAUGCCGGGAAUCUAG